AUGGCAGCAGUUCUUUCGUCCGAAGAUCUGAGCAUCUUUGGCUCCUCGCCCGGCUUGCGACGGUCUCACUCCCAUUCACACUUCUUGUCUCAAUCUGGCGACUUCAACUCGGCUCACACACCCUCUCACAUCGAUGACGACUUCAGGAGUCCCUUCAGGCACCCCGUUAUUGUCCCCGGCUCAAGCUCUUCGUCCGGCCCGCCAUCGCCGCACGAUUUUCACCCCUCAGACUCUUCGAACCCGUCGUAUCCGUCCACUCCGGCCUCCAAUCUUUCACUAGAUGGGGGUUCUUGCGAUUUUGACAUGAGAGACAAGAUGAUGGAGGGCACUACGCUGUCCGAUUUUGAGGAUGCUACAUUCUACGCUCAUAUCGAAGACCUGGAACCACCAGCAAGUCCUCAUACCGGAGACUCAUACACGGUGUCGCCCACAGAGCCGGAUGUGUCGUCGGCAAGCACAUCAAGGCCACAGUCUCCUGACCCUGUAGAGCACGCGGAAGACGACACGGCCGCCAAGCACCACCCGACCCAGCAUGUUGACUACCUGUCGCACAACUGGAAGGAAGAAGAUAUUUGGUCUUCGUGGCGCUAUAUAGUGUCAAAAAGAGGCGACUAUAGUAACUCCUCGCGGCUGGAGAAUGCAUCUUGGAGGACGUGGAUGAAGUCAAAAUACCGGCUCAAAACUGUGUCGCCGGAAACACUGAACUGGCUGAAGGACUGUGAUGUCACAUGGCUGUACGGGCCGCUUCAACCCAGCAACGUGGGCUCUUUGGAGGGAAACAGCAGCCGCGGUCGCACUAGAGGCGCGCGAUCUCCAUCAUUCGGACAUAAGAAGCCUAUUCUGAAAAAGCGAAGCAUGUCUGAGGUUAUGCUGCAAAAAUCUAUAUCAUCGUCUUCACUACUCAAGCAGGCCACUGCGGCAAUCGAGGCCGAACAGAAGGGUACUCGGUGUCGUAUCCCACAUCGUCCUAUUAUCAAACGGUCUACUACGGAUUACAUGGCGUACCCCAUGGUAUCACACAGGGGCAGUCGCUCCGGCACCAGUCCCCAUCCAUCCACGGACAACUCUGGCAUCGUAUCUCCCACUGCUGAGCGCAAGCACAUUCAUUUUGACGAGCAAGUCAAGCAAUGCAUAGCGGUCGAAGUCAAGGGCGACGACGAUGAGGAUGAACUUGAGCCACACAGAUGGGACUUUGAAGACGACAGCGAGUCUGAUGACGGUGCGAUCAUGAUGAAGUCCACUAGAUCAGCAAAGAAAACAGUCAUGCCGCGGCGCAGGGCUCCUGCUCCCGUCUGCGACAGCAAAACGAUAGCAAUGCUACCCUCGACCACGCUCAAGUACCGCAUCGACUCGCCUGAGCCAACCGAGACCGCCAUGAAGCACAGCGGCAGUCCAGUGCUAUCCACCUCAUCCUCACAAGAGACCUUGCGGCCAUCAAAGCCCGCCAGUCUCUUGUACCCCUACGAUGAGGAAGACGGCUUUGACAUGGAGAUGGGUGGACAGGCUCCAAUUUCGAGUCCUGUUGACUCGGUGGCGAAUUCAUAUCGACAGUCAUCAUUCCACCGGUCGUCCUCGUCCGACAGUGUCCUCGAGGCACCGAAAGGCAUGAAGCGGACAGAAUCUGGCAUGCUGAUGCCGGUCGAUGAGCACGGCAACGUCCAGUCAGGCCAGGAAGGCAUCAUAGGGCGUGUCAUUGAUACCGUCAACACCGCCAAAGACAUUGCGCAUGUCAUUUGGAAUGUCGGCUGGAAUCGGAGAUGA